UCACUUCACGACUUACAAGGAACGAGUAAAAGUGACCUGCGCGUGAGUUUAGCCAAGCCCUAACUCCACUGUUCCUCCACCUCCGUCCAUCCUUUAAAACACCAGAAAGCGGGAGUUUAGCACACAAAACCAAAAGUUUACAGUUUACACACGCACACACACAAGAGAGAGAGAGAGAGAGAGAGAGAGAGGGAAUGCCCCGAGAGAGACGUUAACUUCAGCAAAUAGUGUUUUUGUGUGUGUGAUUGUGUGAGAGAGAGAGAGAGAGAGACCGGAAAUUGACGUCAGUGACCGGAAAAUGUCAACGGGGCUGGUGGAAGAGCACAAUUUGGAGAAGCAGAUAAAGAAACAAAUGGGUUGCAUGGCUGGUUUCCUUCAACUCUUUGAUCGCCACCAGAUUUUGAGCGGAAGAAGCCUCUAUUCUGCCAAGCGCCUCCCUUCUUCGCCGGUUGGCGACACGACGUCGGAUUCGGAAAAGUCGGCUCCCGCGUCGCCGGCCAUUUCGAGGGAAUACGGAAAGCCAAAGCAGUCAUACUCAGCUGCACCGAGUCCAGAGAGCACAAAACAGCCGCAGACGGCGGAGCUCCGAUCACCGGUAGCGGAGGCUGUUGCUGAGCUCCCGCCUAAAUCACCUCUUCCUCUCCCGAUAUUCGAAUUGAAAGAAGGCACCAAAUCCUCGUGGAAGUUCUGCAAAGAAGCUCCGAGGCUAUCACUGGACAGCAGGGCUACCACCGAUGCAAAGGGAGGCCUCCACCCCAAAGAAAUCCGCACAGGUUCAUCCACCGCCAAUCGAUGCGAUAGUAUUGCGAGUGAUGCGAAUGAUGAAAGCCAGCAACACCGGUCUCCCAGUGUUAUAGCCAGGCUCAUGGGCCUGGAGCCAUUGCCAGAUUCAUCCAGCUUUGAACCAGAAAACAAGCCUGAGCUUAGGAGAUCCGCCUCAGAAUCUAGAGUGUCGAGAGAUCUCUUUCACUCUCGAUUCAUUGCAGAGGAGAGCAAUUUUUCUUCCAAGCACCCAAUUCAACCGCACUCUGGCCCUUUCAACAAUGUUAUGAAAGACAACGCCCCAGGGGAUGCACAUUAUGCAGAUCCAAGGACUGAACCGCCGAAAGGCUUGAACAGAGGCAGCUUUAAUUCUUCAUCGCCACGGAAAGCUUCCCAGCACCGCAAAAGUUUCUUCGAUUCCGGAGACUUUUUUCCGGAGCCAAAACAGAGUGUAUCAAUCUACGGGGAGAUAGAGAGCAGACUGAAAAUGAGAGGAAUCGAGGAGUCGUCCAAAGAUUUAGACACCUUGAAACAAAUCCUCGAAGCUUUACAGCUUAAGGGACUCCUCCAUUCCAGAAAACCGCAAAAUCAGGUAAGCCACCGGAAUAUUGUCUAUGACGAGUCGCCAAUCGUCGUAAUGAAGCCUUCGACGCCAUACAACCGGAGGAUGGGAAAUGAUUAUUCUCCAUCAAAUAGUAGAAAUCAAGGUCGCGGCAUACGCUGUAGCUACAGUUACACUGGAGAAAAUUCACCAUCAGUGAGUCCCCGGCGUGAUAGGAGUGUACAGAGUCCGACUCGGACUGGUCGAAGCCCAAGUCCGACGAAGACGAGCCGGUGUGAAGGCAAUGCAGUUGGGAGGCGGUCAAACUCACUGGUGAAGCCCAAACCAUUGAGCGUUGAAACCCAGCGGAGAACAAACGAGUCAACGGUGAACCGGAGAGUUUCUCCGGUUCACUCACCGAAGCUUAGCUCAAGAAGAACUGGACCUGAUUCGACGGUCAAUAAUCGUUCGCCUAGGAGCAAGAAAACAACGGCAGAGAUUCAGCAGAAAGAGAAGCUCACCACAGUUGUUGCCGCAGAGGACGAAUCCUCUUCCGUUUCAGGAAGCAGUAUCACUACAUCCACUGAUACAGACAGGUGGAAGACUGAGGAAUACAAAGAGGGGAGGAAUUUGCUGGAGAGAUGUGAUAAGCUGCUUCACAGCAUAGCAGAGAUGACUGCCGCUGAUAUGCAACCGAGCCCUGUGUCCGUUCUUGAUUCGUCCUUCUACAAGGACGAGUCAUCAACCCCUUCACCUGUUACCACGAGACGUAAUAUUGAUUGCAAAGAUCAAUCUAGUGAAUUGGAAGACGAGAUAUGGAGCCCGGUGACUUCCCCAGUUGGGUCGAGGAGUGAAGAAAUAUCAAACGACUCUGAUUUCGUCUACAUCGCAGAUGUCCUGAGAGCAUCUCGUUAUCUUCCGGAUGCCUCCAACGUCUUUCUGCUGCUUGAGAAGCAACAGUGUCUCGAGGGAAAGGACACAUCCAAAGCGUCCAGGGUGCAAAGGAAACUGAUUUUCGACACCAUUGAUGAAAUUCUCGACAGGAACAGGCAUUUGCCUCCAUGGAAGGUCGUCUAUUGCAACAUUACAAAGCCGUCCCUAGAUAAGGUGUGGUCAGAAUUUCAAAGAAUCAGAGAGCCCGAAACGGGUGAUGAUCUGUUUGAGACCAUUUGUGGUGUUCUGAAGAAGGACCUAGACAGGGAUGCAGCCACCGGGUGGGGAGACUGCCCGGUGGAGAUGUCGGAGGUGAUUUUGGACAUGGAACGGCUGAUAUUCAAGGAUCUAAUCAGCGAGACAAUUCGGGACCUGGCCGCUCUGGCAUCAAGAAACACAUUAUCAUCAUGUGUGAUGCCUAGGAGGAAGUUGGUUUUCUGAAAAACUUUAAUUGGAUGGUAAUUCACAUACUUGUUUUUCUUAGUUAAUGCUGAUUAUUGGGGAACAUGACUAACGGCUACUUUUAUUAACGUCUGCAAGCUGUAAAAAGAAGAAAAAGCAAGAAAUGUAGAAGCUUUUCUUUGUGAGAUGUUGCUGCCGGGGAUCAUAUUCAUGGGCUGUCAUGUGAUUCAACUUUGGGUAUAUUAGUAAACAACUUUAUUUCACCAGUGAAAAAGGUGAAAAGGACUUGGAACCUUUUUAGGCCUAAAAUGGUUGGAUUUAGCUUAGUGGUUUGAUCUUA